GCCGGGAGGCGCGGAGAGCGCGAGGCCUGCGUGGCCCGCCCAAGCCGCCUCCCCCCCUCCGGCUUCUUGAGAGGCCGCCGCGGCCGGCGGGACGGUGGGCUUGGGCUACUACUAGGCCGCGCCUGGCUUUGCUCCAGGGGUCCCGGCGAGGAGGAGUGGCGGCGGCGGCCAUGGCGGCGGCGGAGACCAAGAUCAUCUACCACCUGGACGACCAGGAGACGCCGUACCUGGUGAAGCUGCCCAUCCCGGCCGAGCGGGUGACGCUGGGCGACUUCAAGGCGCUGCUCAACCGGCCCAACUACAAGUUCUACUUCAAGUCUAUGGACGAUGAUUUCGGCGUUGUGAAGGAAGAAAUCUCAGACGACAAUGCAAAGCUUCCCUGUUUCAACGGCCGCGUGGUGUCUUGGCUGGUGUCUGCUGAGGGGUCUCAUUCGGACGCUGGGUCUGUCUGCGCUGACAAUCAGCCGGAGCUGCCGCCCUCCAUUGAGCGUACUGGAGGGAUAGGAGACUCCAGGCCUCCUUCUUUUCACCCCAAUACUGGAGGAAGUCGAGAGAACCUGGAUAAUGAGACGGAGACUGACUCAGUGGUAUCGAUACAGAGGGAAAGGCCGCGCAGGAAAGAUGGACCUGAACAUGCCCCCAGGGUGAACGGGACAGCCAAGGCGGAACGGCGGCGGGAACUAGGGGGCUAUGAAAGCUCCUCCACCCUCAUGAGCAGUGAACUCGAAACUACCAGCUUCUUUGACUCAGAUGAAGAUGAUUCUACAAGCAGGUUCAGCAGCUCAACAGAGCAGAGUAGCGCCUCCCGGCUGAUGAGAAGGCACAAGCGACGCCGGCGGAAGCAGAAAGUACCACGCAUUGAACGGUCCUCCUCCUUCAGCAGCAUCACAGAUUCUACCAUGUCGUUGAACAUUAUCACCGUUACCCUCAACAUGGAGAAGUACAACUUCCUGGGCAUCUCCAUCGUCGGGCAGAGCAACGAGCGUGGUGACGGCGGCAUCUACAUUGGCUCCAUCAUGAAGGGAGGAGCUGUGGCAGCCGAUGGAAGAAUUGAACCCGGAGACAUGCUGCUGCAGGUGAAUGAUAUCAAUUUUGAAAACAUGAGCAACGACGACGCUGUGCGAGUGCUGAGGGAGAUUGUGCACAAGCCAGGGCCCAUCACUCUGACUGUUGCCAAGUGCUGGGAUCCCAGCCCCAGAGGCUGCUUCUCGCUACCCAGGAUUGCUCCCCAGCGGAUCUGGGCUGGGCCAGACUCUCCAUGCUCCGAUCCGGGUGAGCCCAUCAGGCCCAUUGACCCAGCAGCCUGGGUUUCCCACACCGCAGCGAUGACCGGCACCUACCCAGCGUACGGUAUGAGCCCAUCCAUGAGCACAAUCACUUCCACCAGCUCCUCCAUCACCAGCUCCAUCCCAGAAACCGAACGUCUCGAUGACUUUCACCUGUCCAUCCACAGCGACAUGGCCACGAUUGUCAAAGCCAUGGCUUCGCCAGAGUCGGGCUUGGAGGUGCGCGACCGCAUGUGGCUGAAGAUCACCAUCCCCAAUGCCUUCAUUGGAUCCGAUGUGGUAGAUUGGCUCUACCACCAUGUAGAAGGUUUCACAGACAGGCGAGAAUCCCGCAAGUAUGCCAGCAACCUCCUGAAGGCUGGUUACAUCCGACACACUGUCAACAAGAUCACGUUCUCGGAGCAGUGCUACUACAUCUUCGGCGACCUCUGCGGCAACAUGGCCAGCCUGUCCUUGCAUGACCAUGACGGGUCCAGCGGCGCCUCCGAUCAGGACACCUUGGCUCCUUUGCCUCACCCAGGAGCUGCCCCAUGGCCCAUGGCCUUCCCCUACCAGUACCCGCCACCCCAUCCAUAUAACCCCCACCCUGGAUUCCCUGACCCAGGCUACAGCUAUGGAGGCGGAAGCGCGGGCAGCCAGCACAGCGAAGGAAGCAGGAGCAGCGGCUCCAACCGCAGCGGCAGCGAGAGGAGGAAGGAGCGAGAGCCCAAGGCCGGGGAGUCCAAGUCGGGCGGCAGCGGCAGCGAGUCGGACCACACCAGCCGCAGCAGCAUGCGGAGGGAGCGAGCGGCCAGCGAGCGCUCGGUGCCGGCCAGCCAGCGCAGCCACCACUCGAUGGCUCACAGCAUCCGCAGCCACCACAGCCAGCAGUCCUACGGGCCUCCCGGCCUGCCGCCUCUCUACAGCCCUCCCAUGCUGCUGAUGCCUCCGCCGCCUUCCGCCCUGGGACCCCCGGGGGCUCCCCCUGGCCGAGACCUGGCCUCUGUGCCCCCUGAACUGACGGCCAGUAGACAGUCAUUCCGAAUGGCCAUGGGCAACCCCACCAAGAAUUACGGGGUGUUUGACUUCCUCUGAGCUGGCCGCCCGUGCUGGGGAGAGCCGCAGCGUGCUGUGGUGGUUUGGCUCCCCCACAACCGAGGAAGAUGCAGAGCCCUGCAGGCAGGCAGGCUCUUGGCCAUGUGGGGGCUGAAGAUGGCUUCUUUCCAUACUGGUAGAAGGUGCCCCACCUUAUCCAUAACCCCAGGAAGGGAGCAGGGCUCAGAUCCAGCUGUGCCUUCAGUCUUCCAUCUGAUAAGAUGUAGCAGCUUGGUGGCCAUUGGCAUGAGGUUGAGAGGAGAGCUCUUGCCUUGCAAGGCAGGUGAGAGUUCCCCUUGAGAGCUUCUCAGAUGGUGAUAAGAGCCGGAAGCCGCCGAGGAGGCUCACACUCUUCCUUGA